AGCAAACUUCGCCUCAUCGACCUGUUACAGGAAGAUAUUGAAAUGAUACCAAACGGAGAGCGAUCAGAAAACACAGCCUUAACAGGACUGGGAAAGGUUAGGAAAGAAAACAGUGAUUUAACACAGCAUAAGCUGACAGAAACUCGACCUAAAUUGCAAAGAUCUCUUACACUCCCUCAAUUGGUUUCGAGCCCUGCCCCCUCGCUGAGACGGAAGGAACCACCGACCGAAUUCCAGCAUCCACUAAGAAGCCCAGCGAGGCGUAGACGUCCAUUUGAAUCUCGGAUAAAGCUACCGACAUUUAAAGCAUUAAACAGAACGUUUGACCCCAUUCCACAGUUCAUCGAAUCAGAUAAAAGGCGGAACUAUGCUACCCGGAGUAUGGAUUUCUGGGAGAGACAAGUAAAAAAGGUCGUUCCAGAUCGUAUCGAUUUAGCCAUUUCGAACGACUACCAAGCACCUCCCGCAAUCUGGGACGAUCGAGACCCCUAUAUCUUCUCAUCAAAAAGCUGUUUCUAUGACAACAAGAAGUACGUCCCUCAUCGAGACUUCAGUAUUAACCCAGAAUGGACCUCCGAGAGCAUGCACGUGUCAGAGUUCUCUCCCGCAUACCGCACGUGCCCACUCCGUUACGGGUGGUGUUGUUAACAAAAUUUCCUGACAUUUGUGAAAUACAUAUAAGUUUUGUAUCAUUUUGACCGUCAAGUGUAUGGCAGCCUCUUCAAAGUUUUUAGCACUUCUAGUGCAAGUGUCUCUCACACAAAUUCUAAUCAAAAUAUUUAAUCAAAGAGAGGAUGCGACGUGUCUGGCAGUGAAUACCCAGGAAGCGUUUGACCUAAUUCAGUUAAUGCCACAGCAUAUUGUUAUGUUUUGUUGCACUUGUUAAAAGCGAAACUCUUUCUCAUCUCCAGAACAAAAGCUACAUAUAACUUGUUAUCAUAUUUAUGUUAUAUACAUUAAAAUCCGACUUAAUGUUAUGGAACGUUA